AUGCGAAACCCGUUUGCGAGGGCGGUGCUGCUAGCAAUCGCCCUGUUCACCCUCGGCGCCUGUCUCCUCCGAUCUGACAUGGAUGUGCGGUCAGCCGUGAUGAGAACAGCCGCCUCGGCCAAGGAAGUGUUGAUAGUACAGAGACCGCUGGGCAACGAACAGUCUGCAGGCUGGGGAGGGAGACUUGACACACCGGUUGAGCAAGACGGGCGCCAUAAGGGGGCGCCUGCGCCGACAAGGGUAUCCAACUCGUCAUACACCAUGACUUGCGAGUACGAUAUGGAGCGGCUCCGGGGCUGGCAGCAAAAGUACAAGCUCGAAGAGCAGCUUGAAUACACGAAACGAUACGUGCAAGUGGCACGUCAAGACAUUCCCCGAAAGUCCGUCACGGAGCUCAGCCAGAACUUCAUUGCCGACGCGGUCAAGGUGGUCGAUGUGAAUAAGCAAUACCAGGGAGAGACAUGCCCCGACCCCUUGGUGGUGCCUGUCUCAAAGUCACCGUUCCCAGCAACCGCCAAUGCGUCCGACUUUAUGUUUGGCGUGUCGACCACUUACAAGCGAUUCACAGAUCCAAGGACCAGCCCCCUGAAUGAGUGGACCUACUGGCUCACGGACAGCAAAGGACACUCGAAUGGCGGCAAGCUAAUCCUCAUGCUUGUCGACGCCUCAGACGCUGAACUGGAGGAUGCCUUUGACAAGCUCUCCAAGGUCGGCAUUGAUGUGGAUGUAUAUCACUCGGAUCCGUCCUUGAUUAUGGCGGUACGCUACCUCUCACUCGUGCCUCAAAUGUACACCCAUCCGGAUCGGAGGAACAAGAAAUGGCUGGUGACCUGCGAUGACGACACGUUCUUCCCAUCGUUUCAUGCGCUGGCCGACAAACUCGAAGAAUACGAUCACAAAAGGCCCAUGUACAUCGGCACUUUCUCCGAAGACGUGAACAAUAUCCAACGCCAUGGGCCGCAAGCAUUUGGCGGUGCCGGCGUGUUUCUAAGCGUGCCCAUGGCACAAAUCAUCACCGAGAAGUAUGACUCCUGCAAAACGGAUGAGAAGAUUAAGGAAUCAAACACCGGCUGGGGUCCGCAGGGUGACAUCCUCCUCCGCAAGUGCAUCUACGAGAACUCGGACGUCAAGCUCACCCUGCUCCCUGAUCUCUGGCAACUCGAUCUUCUCGGCGACCCGUCGGGUUUCUACGAAUCGGGCAUCAAGCCGUUGUCCCUGCAUCACUACCGCGGGGGGCACUGGCAUGUCGCCCAUCCUUGGCACUACACAAAGGUAGCGCACAUCUGCGGCGAGGACUGCACGCUGCAGCGCUUCCAGACGGCCGACAACUUUAUCAUAUCCAACGGCUUCAGCGUCGCCUAUUACCCCAAGGGCAUCGACUUUGACCUGGGCCAGUUUGAGGGAACCUUCCACGCGGCGCCGGAGAACAAGGGCUGGAACCUCGAUUUCCGGAUGGGACCGCAACGGCCCGCACUCCACAAGACAGGCCGGAAGAUCUCGUGGGACCUACAAGAAGCGAGUAUCAACGAGGAUGGGAGUGUCAGUCAGGUGUAUGUGUGCAAGAAGGACGACUGGCGGUGGAAGAAUCCGGAUGGCUCGCCGAUGAACAAUCGGGAUAGGAUUAUUGAGCUUGUUUGGUUGCCGGAGAGCGAGCCAUGA